AUGCUUCCGCUGAUCCUUGACAGUUCGUGGGCGUCUGGCGGACAACUUCAGUUUUCGAGCAGCGACAAAGGCGGAUCGCUUGACACCACUCACUGGUCGACCGAUGAGGAGGGAGCAGCCGGUCUUCUCCCGAUUUCCGGCACAGAAGCUCUCCCGAGAAUCCGGUCGUGCUCGAUGCUAAAGGGAAUAAUUACCACAACGAACUGCUGUUUUCUGAAAUUUCGAAAAUAUUUGGUGAGCGAGCAGGGUACAGUAAUCGGGCUGAGUCGUCGGCGCGAAUUGAAUUACGGUCGCAAUUGCUCCUCCACUGCUGUUGAUCCUGAAUCAAUCCUCUAA